UUAAAGCCGGUACAGAUUUUUGCUUGCUUUCGUCGGUAGACAGAAUCCAUCGUAUACCGUGUUAUACGCUUACGAUGCCGAAUACUUGUUCGAUCAAUAUCCUGGAAUUCUUCAUCGAAAUUUCUACGACGCGUACACUACGAAAAAACUACAUCGAUACGCGUUUGUUUUAUCGUCCGAGUUUGUUUUCGAAGUAAAUUGUUCAUUCGCAUUUUUUGCGUUUGACCGCUAUUUAUCCGCCUAUCAAUGAACAGGGCACAAACGCGUUAUCAAAGCACGAUUGUCUCGCGUAUUCUUAUUGAUUCUAUUCGAAGAUAUGCUUUCGUUUAAAAAUAACCAGUGACGACAUUUCGGGGGUGUUUGUUACCUCGUCGUCGCACUAAUUCUGGGAUAUUCGUGAUACCAGUUUGUACACAGGAUCGUUAAUGCGUAUUCACGAUAUACCGGCAAGUUUUACAAUAAUUUUCCCGAGAUUCGCGAUCUAUUAUAUGCAUAUAGAUCUCGGUAUAAAACAUUGCUUCCGCUUAUUCGAUAAGCUAUCGUAAUCUUCGUUAUAAUCAGUCAGGCGAUACUUCUUUAGUUGCUUCGUUGCUAUACUUUCUUCGUCGUUGUGUAGAAGGAGAAAGUGAUUACAGACGACUGUUCCAGUUAUCGAUCCGCGACAAAGUUCAGGGGCGCGGCAAUAUAUGUACACUAAACGAAAGCGAAAACGUUCACGACUUUCCUCUCGUCGAAUCGUGCUCGUACGUCAAAACAUCGUGUUUGCAUCUUUCGUUCGGUUUCGAACGCUUAGACGAACGUAUAUGACGCGAGAAACCUGAGAUGGUAAUCGAGACCGGAAGUUAAAGUUUCUCUCGUGAAAAUAAAACGCGUGAGACUCGAUGACUAUUUUUGGGUAUCGAGAACCGGAGGAGGUAGUUCGCAAAAUGUAGGCCACGCCUUGAAAUCUUGGCCUUGGCCCUCUUCCUCGUACUGGAGUCGCUUUCUAUCGAGUAUGUUCGUUGCAACGCGUUGAUAAUUUUUUUUUCCUAUUAAGAACAAGAUCUUUCGUUAAAAAAGAAGAAACGUUGAACCACUCCUGGAUUAUAAGAACCGACAACGAAGGAAAUGACAAUGUCGCAUUCGGUAACCAUCAGGACGCAAACCGUGACUAGUGGCUCCACGGCGAUCAUCGUUAACACCGGUUACUUGAAAACGUGGAGCGGUCUUUUAAAACUAUUGGAAGUGGCAUUGGGAAUCGUUUGCGUGUCAAUAAUUGGCAAUCGAUUCGCUACCUACGCUUCAUACGGAAAUACCGAAGAAUUACUUUUCCUUUUAAUAGCGACGACGUUUAUGAUCUCCAGCUUUAUUCUACUCGUAAGCUGUUUAGCGUCUCUCUCGACGUCGUCUAUUAUAGCGAAAACCAUUUUCGAACUUCUUUUUCAUGCUAUAGCAUUUGGAUUAUAUUUGGCUGCAUCGUUAACUUUUAUAGUGCACGUUUCGAAUAUGAGACGUUCCAAAGAGUACGAAGUAUUAAUGGCUGCUGCGAUAUGCGGAUUGGUAAAUUCCACGUUGUAUCUUCUAAGCACUAUCUUUGCCCUUCGGACAUACAGAGGAAUCUGAGUUCCCGAAAAUGUUCGUUCUCAUGAUCGUUCUUAAAUCGUACGUAUUUAUUGUUCGUUCUACGUAUCUCGCGAACCAUUCAAGUUUUGGACAUGGAUCGUACAUCUUAUCUAACUGGUGACUGUACCAAACUCUUUUUCGAGACUAUUUACUGUAUUUUCUAUAUUUUCUACGCGUGUACUUGUUACUGUACUUGUUAUUUUUAUGAAAUUUUUGUAACAUCGACACAAACAGAAACGCAACAAACAAUUUACGCUUAAUCGAAUGCCUGAUCGUAUGUUUUACAGAUAUCGCGUGUUUUAUACGGUUCCUUUAUACAUAUACAUUUACUCGCACAAAUUGUUUCUGAAGCGUAUUUACAAAAAAGCGUGUAUGUACGCGUCUAUAUGUACAUGUAUUUAUUUGACAUAUAUCUAACGUUUAUACGAAAAAAAUAUACCAAGUAGUCGUACACAGUGUUAAUUAUUGUAACUCGAUAUGCAAUGGCACACGAUGAAAUAAACGUUACCCGAAUUC